CUAAACUCUUUAGGGAAAUCUUGAGGCUGUGGAAGCCCAGUGGUCCAGAUCUCGGUUCCUGCAUCUCCAGACAUGGCGACCUAGGGGAAGGGGAAGACCAAUUUUUUCUCCUCUUUUGGGACGGUUUGUGUCUAGUAGUGCCUGUGCCCCUGGGCAGCUUGGAGAGAAGAGGGGCGACUGGAGAAUCGUCAUUUGAGAACCAGAGGAGAAAAGAAAACGCAACGUUAAUUCUAGAAGGCCUGCCGUCCCUGCCUGCUCUGGGUGCUCAUGGAACCAGCUGCUGCCCUGCACUUCUCCCUGCCAGCCUCCCUCCUCCUCCUCCUCCUCCUCUUCCUUCUCCGACUGUGUGCACUGGUCUCAGCCCAGUUUAUUGUGGUAGGGCCAACUGAUUCCAUCCUGGCCACGGUUGGAGAAGACACUACGUUACGCUGCCAUCUGUCACCCGAGAAAAAUGCUGAGGACAUGGAGGUGCGGUGGUUCCGGUCUCAGUUCUUCCCCGCAGUGUUUGUGUAUAAGGGUGGGAGAGAGAGGACAGAGGAGCAGAUGGAGGAGUACCGAGGAAGAACCACCUUUGUGAGCAAAGACAUCAGCAGGGGCAGCGUGGCCCUGGUCAUACACAACAUCACAGCUCAGGAGAACGGCACCUACCGCUGUUACUUCCAAGAAGGCAGGUCCUACGAUGAGGCCAUCCUGCACCUCGUGGUGGCAGGUGCGUUGCUUCAUUUUGCUCUGUUGCUUUGGCACAGUGUGACUCUGGGGAAAGUAUGUCUCCUAACCUCAUGCCCAUUGCAGACCAGCAAAUUUUUGUCUGGAAUCCCCUUUACAGGGAGAUACCACAGGGACACUCUUCCUGUGGAAACGGAAUUCCAGGGAAAAAUCCUUCCUACUGCACAAGGGCUGCACGAGUGGGUCCCUGCUAAGCCAAGGGCUUCACUUCUUGAGAAGCACACGCAGAAUUAUUUUCUGAGGGAGAAAGCAACAGAGCUGGCUGAGGAGCCCUUCAGCUGUGCUCCUAAGGGCACUCUUACCCCAGAUGUUCUGUUUCAAACUAAGUGGACAUUUCUGGCUGCCUUUUCAGAAUCCUUUAUGCCCAGCGUGUCUCCCUGUGUGGUGGCCCUGCCUAUCAUUGUGGUCUUUCUGAUGAUAAUCAUUGCCGUAUGCAUCUACUGGAUCAACAGACUCCAAAAGGAAAAAAAGAUUCUGUCAGGGGAAAAAGAGUUUGAACUGGAAACAAGAGAAAUUGCUGUAAAGGAACUGGAGAAGGAACGUGUGCAAAGAGAGAAAGAACUUCAAGUACAAGAGCAACUUCAAGAAGAAUUGCGAGGGAGAAAAACAGUCUUACAUGCCGUCGAUGUGGUCCUGGAUCCAGACACCGCUCAUCCUGAUCUCUUGCUGUCAGAGGACCGGAGAAGUGUGCGAAGGUGCCCCCUCAGGCACCUAGGGGAGAGCGUGCCUGACAACCCAGAGAGAUUCGACAGUGAGCCUUGUGUCCUGGGCCGGGAGAGCUUUGCUUCAGGAAAACAUUACUGGGAGGUGGAGGUGGAAAACGUGAUGGAGUGGACUGUGGGGGUCUGCAGAGACAGUGUUGAGAGGAAAGGGGAGGUCCUGCUGCUUCCUCAGAAUGGCUUCUGGACCUUGGACAUGCAUAAACGGCAAUACCGGGCCCUGUCCUCACCUAAGAGGAUUCUCCCUUUGAAGGAGUCCCUUUGCCGGGUGGGCGUCUUCCUGGACUAUGAAGCAGGAGAUGUCUCCUUCUACAACAUGAGGGACAGAUCGCACAUCUACACAUGUCCCCGUUCAGCCUUUUCCGUGCCUGUGAGGCCCUUCUUCAGGAUAGGGUCUGAUGACAGCCCCAUCUUCAUCUGUCCGGCACUCAUAGGAGCCAGUGGGGUCACAGUGCCUGAAGAGGGCCUGAUACUUCACAGAGUGGGGACCAAUCAGAGCCUGUAGAAUCAAUUCCCUGGUCUCACAGCCAUGCAGAUAAGCCCUGGUCAUCUCAGCAGCCACUGCACAAUGUUGUUGGUGGAAGACACGCCCUCCUCCCCUCUGGUCACGUCCCCAGUGGAAGACACGCCCUCCUCCCCUCUGGUCACAUAAGAGAACAGCUUCCAGCUGCCCCUUUCACACCCACUCCAGCCCUCAGCCCCAGUUUUCUCCUCCUCACUAGGCUGUGGCUUUAGUAGUUCCUUUGCUUGUAACUAUGGGACGGGAUCCAGGCAUAGGGAACUAGUUGUUUCAUAGCUCCCAGCCAAGAAAAAAGUGUGAGAAGUUGAUGGGCAGCAAACCUGCUGUUUAACAUCAGGGUGACCACACUGAGUCCAGUAUGCCAGUUGGCACCAGAUGAUAUGGACUUGGAAUGAGGCCAACAGGGUUCAUCAGGAUGUGAGAGGAGAGAGGAAUCCACAGGACCACCAGAGAGGAGAGGGAACCAGAUCUGCAGGUCAGAGAUAGAGGAAGUGGAACCAGAGAGCUGGGAGGGACCAAGCUUGUAAGGGUGGCUAAGUCCCACCAUAACAUCCAAGGGAACCUGGGAAAUGAUGGCUCAUUUCCACCCAACCCCAGGAUUUCCAGAGCACACAGCCACAGGCCUGGACCUGGGACGAAGAUGAAUGAAGAACAUGGACUCAUGUGGAUGUGGUUUGGCUCAGGUGUCUCUGCAGUUGGCAAGGAGUCAGUACUCAGUCCCCGAGUGUGGUUUAAGUUUGAGGUCCUGGCUGAGCCGAGGAGUAAUGGACCAGGUCUACCUCAGCAUUCAGGUUCAAUGGGGACACCAGUGGCUUCAAACUUCCUGGUCUCAUGAUGUCUUUAGACACCUUACAAAUGAUGGAGGAUUCCAAAGAGUUUUUGUUUAUUUGAGUUAAUAUUUGUUGGCAUUUAAGGCAUUGGAGAAUGAAACUAAGAAAUGUUGUAAUUUAUUACCUUUACAACAGUUAUUUAUAUUACAUACAUUUACAACAUUUAUUAAUUUAUAUUAAAGUAGCAUGAAUAAGCCAACUCUAGGUUAAUAUAAGUAGAAUGUUUGUGAAAAAAUAAGUAUGGUAUCCAAAGCAAAAUAAAUUUUAUUUAGAAGUGUGG